GGAUAAGAGACAGAAAACAGUGACUGGUUGCUCACAGACACUCAAGCUUUCAAGGAGGGCACAGACAGCCUGCCCUAUGUGUGGCUCCUCUCAAGGCUUCACAGCCUCCUCCUCCUCCGCUCAGUGCACCACAGCCAUGUUAACCUCAGAAAGGUCACCACAAAGCACAGGGGUAGUCACUGCAACGAUGACAGAGACACAGGAUGUAGACAUGACAUCAUGGAGCGAGGCAGACUUUGAGGAGAAGUGCACCUAUAUUGUGAAGGACCAGCCUCUGGACCAAGAGUCCGAAAGCCACGGGAGGACACGAGCUGAGAGAUCCUUACCCAGAAACCUGGCCCUAAAACGCAGCCACAACUCAGCAGAGGUGCUUGGGGUGACCAGUAAGGAGCUGAUUCCCAAGGGGACACGUUUUGGCCCUCUGGUGGGAGAAAGCUACACCAACGAAAUACUGCAGACAGAUGCUGACAGGAAGUACUUCUGGAGGGUCUUCUCAGAGGGGCACUUACACCACAUCCUGGAUGGUUUGAAUGAGGAGCGGAGCAACUGGAUGCGCUACGUCAACCCAGCCUGUUCUGUGGAAGAGCAGAACCUAGUUGCAUGCCAGAGUGGUUUGGAAAUCUACUUCUACACCAUCAAACCACUUCAGCUGGGCCAGGAGCUGCUGGUGUGGUACUGUCCUGAAUUCGCCCAGCGCUGUAACUAUCCGCCCCUGGGUCAACUGGCUAUCGACAGUAUUGAACAGAGUCAAGUUCAGGAGAAGGGAACGGGGAAACGAGGUCACAGCGUCUCGGAAAUCCUUCGAGACGAGCCCUCCAGAUCCAAACGUCUGGACAGCUCUUUGCCUCAGACCAACAUCUCAGCAGUUCUUCCCUUGUGUCCUCGUGUUGUCUACCCAGUUCAGCCCAACUCAGAAUCUAUCCAUGGCCAUAGAUAUAUACCUCUGCCACCCCUGCCACCCUGCAGCCCUCCAGCUGCCAAAAGACCAGCUCUAAGUCAUCCCGUCCCCUCUAUUUUGCACUUCAGCCUUCAGCACAGUCAAGGUCCUGUUAUAGCCAAACCUUUCGAAGAGCCCUCUGUGCCUGAUCGAGUUCACCCUGCUCUGAGGCCUGCUCCAUAUUAUCUGCCUCACUACUCACUUGGCCUUAACAGCAUUCUACCUCAUUCAUACCCUUUCUACAGUGAUCGACUGAAGCCUCAUCUAACACUGUCUUUCAACAACUAUGCAAACCUCCUCCAUCCUCUAGCCAACAGACACAAAGACUUGACACUUGCACUAUCCAGUACCAAACAAGACCUCAUUCUUUCACCAACCAGUGAACACAGAGACAAAAAGGACCUCAUAUCCAGCAGGACAAACUACCUCAGGAUUCCCUCAGAUGAACUCAGAGAUUUCAAACACUCUCCUCCCAGCAAUAUCCACGCAGACCUCACUCUACCUGCCACAUCCAGUGCCUCAUCCAUGGUGACCUCACUCAGCGAAGCAUUGCCCUCUCUUGCACCCAGAGGAUGCUCACCACCAGUGGCCAUGGGUGCCUCCUCAUACUGCCUCCCUUCCAAACCCACCUCUGCUACUAAGAGCGACAAUGAGGAUGCAAUUGACCUCAGGAAGACAAAACGAGGAGGGCAGAUCAUUGGCUACAAGACUUUGUCUUACCCGCUUAGCAGGCAGAAUGGAAAGAUCCGCUAUGAAUGCAAUGUCUGCGGAAAGGUCUUUGGGCAACUGUCCAACCUCAAGGUCCAUCUGCGUGUACACAGCGGAGAGCGUCCCUUCAGGUGUCAGACCUGCAGCAAGAACUUCACUCAGCUGGCCCACCUGCAGAAACACUACCUGGUUCACACAGGAGAGAAACCACAUGAAUGCAAGGUGUGCCAUAAACGAUUCAGUAGCACUAGUAACUUGAAGACCCACCAGAGGCUACACUCAGGUGAGAGGCCUUACCAGUGCAAGGUCUGCCCAGCCCGCUUUACUCAAUUUGUCCACCUAAAGCUCCACAAACGCCUCCACACCGGGGAACGACCUCAUCGGUGUCCCCACUGCCCCUGUGCCUAUCUCCACUACUGCAGCCUCCAAGUGCACCUCCAAGGCUUCUGUCCCCUCUCCCCCUCGGCCUCCCACAGACACUCGCCAGAGGAGCUACACCAUGUCAACUCGGAGAUCGAGAGGUUUGACAUGAGCGAGGCGGCAGACCAGCUUGAAGCCAUGGCUGCGGAGGCCGAGAUGGACAAAGGGAAUGUUAUCAACCUAAUACAGAAGAUAGAGACUCACGCCUCGGGCCACCAGGAUGGUACCAGAGGGGAGACUGAGCUGAGCAUCUACAAAUCAGCAAAGGAGUUUUCCGGUGUUCAGCUGCAUCAUGGCAGCCCUCUACCUCUGCAUCCAACCAGCAUCAAGCUGGAGUCAAGCUGCAUGUCAGAGCCCUAAGACAGCCUUGCUAAUCCAGCCAUAUAAUCCUUACAGGUCAACUCAGCAGCUGUCCGUUACAGCCCUAUUUGAAGUAAAGCCUUAUCUCAGUCAUGGAUUGCCUAGCCUAUUCUCUACAGAGACUGUAGCGUGUGAAGAAUCAAAACUUUACCAGCAUGGCCUGCAACCAGUGACUUGAUUGAGUUGAUGCAUACAUCUUUCUUAAUUUAUUCUGUUGCUAAUAUGAAACAAAAAUGUAUAACAACACAGAUUUGCGACAUUUUCUGUAAGUAGUUUUGUAUCUCUAGAACAUCUUAAUCAAACAACUAAACAUGAUUAUACAUAAACAAAAUUUGUUUUUACUUGCAGUUUCACUGUGUGAAGACUGAGCGUUUCUGUUUUUUGUAUGUGUGCGUAUUUAUGUCUACCAAUUAAAGUGACAAUUCCUGCACAGGUAUGGCUAUGCAGUGUAAGUGAGCUAAAAAUUUUAGGUGAUUAUAUAGAGGAAACCUCAGCUGUUUGCAUGUUUGCAUGUAGUGUAUAUAUACUUGCCUUUGUGUGAGUGCGCUGUGCUGAUGUGGGGAGUUGGUGACGUGGAUAAACAUCCUGUUAUGAUUCUUAGAAUACUCUGAGCCAGCCAGUCUAAGUGUCAACCUUUAAUCCUGGAA